AUGAUUGGUGAGGAUUUCUGGAAGGAUUGUCUGACGGCUACACACAUGCCACGCUGUUGCUUCAGCUUUUUGCCUUACGCAACACACUGGUCCGUCAUGGACCGAGUCUCUUUGACCACAAGCGCCGUCGGGCUCGUAGCGUUUGCUACGCGCGUGUACCCGUCGUCAGUUACCAGAGACGUCAAAAGCAGUCUCAAUAUUAUGCUCGGUGCGAGCAACUCAGAUGAUAUGCUCAAAAUUUGGCUCGAUAUUCAAGACAUAUCCAGUGUUACCGAUCAGGCCUCUCAAGGACAAGUCGUUAUGAAUGACAAGGUUCUCAUGGCACUGGCAGGCGUAGACGAGCGUAUUGCACAGGUUGAGCAAAUGCUACAGAAUCAAUCUGAAUUGAUCAGAAUGAACCAAUUCGUCCAGGUGCAGUCAGCAUAUGGCAUGAGUCCUCUUCGCAAAGCAACAGAAUCGUCUGGGCAGCCAUACAGCAGUUUUCACUCAGGAGAAAAGACCAGUAUUGGCAUUCGCGUCACACCGUCUGCGAUCUCUUGCCCAGAUGAUGCGCAGUGCAUCAACUUCGCAAUAAGUGGAAACAUAACUGGCUUACAACACUUGUUCAACUCGGGGCUCGCUUCCGCUCGAGAUAUUAGUACAACACGCGGCUAUUCUCUUCUUCGGUGGGCUCUGUAUAGCAAGCACCCCCGUAUCAAGGCAUGCCAUUUUCUGUUGGAGGGAAACCUGCCCGACCAAGCAGUUGAAGCAUUGCGUGCGAUUACGAAAGGAAGCGAGUAUCUCGACGAUUUCAUCGACGACUCCAGCUUUACGCAAACUCAUCGCAUUGUUCUUGGUCUCUCAACUCGCGACUUAGAAGAGGAGCUACUCAUAAAUGCUCACGAAAUCAACGCCCAAGACUCUAUGGGCCGGACAGCCAUGGCCUGGGCCGCCGCUCGGAAUGACCGCCACGCCAUUGUCACGCUACUACGAUAUUGCGCCGACCCAAACAUCAUUGAUGUGCAAAUAUCUGGCCCGCUGUCCAAUGCAGCUGCUCAGGGCCAUACUGCAUGCGUUAAGCUACUUCUUGAUGCGGGGGCACGUCCGGAUCUACCACUGCCUCGUGGGAUCAUAAAAGAUGGAAAGACGGCAUUGUUCCAUGCCGCCCAAAAGGAUGAUGCUAGUCUUGCGAUUCUACUGCUCGAAAACGGCGCAGUGAUCAACCUUGCGUCCAAGACAGGAGACACGCCCUUGACAACGGCCAUUACGCACAAUAGCCACAAUGUGCUAAGGCUUUUCCUAGAAAGAUGGCACGAGUAUUCGAUUUGUCCGCGAUUAAAAGGACCACAUAUUCUCAAAAUCACCGCUCUCUAUGCAGAUAUCGAGACGAUGGGCAUCUUGGCAAAUACCGACCAUUCUCGGCUCAAAUAUGACAAGAAAUAUGCACUGGGCGAUUUAACUCAGGUUCUGCGCACGCGAGAGGACGCCACAAAUAAGCUAGCAUUUGUUUUUGAUGAGCUGCUCCAACUUUUCCAGGGACCACCGCCGUCUUUCCUGAACGUUGAAGAUUCCCUGGAGGCUGGGAACCUCUGCCAUUCUUUCUCUCGUGUAGCCACUUGGGAGACAAUAUUAAGUAGCGAUGAAGUAAACGAUGAGCACAGGAGUGAUGCAGACUCCGAAGAAUGUUUCAUUGAUGCCCUUACCGAUCUGAGGCAGCAAGAUUGA